GUAGGGGACGCGAGGCGGAGCGGGGCUCCACACAGGCCGCGGCGGCUGGCUCGGGCCCCUACGGUCCCGGCGGCGGCUGGAGGAGGAAGCCAGGCGGCUGGCCGCGGAGGAGAGGCGGAGGAGGCCGAGGCCGGAGCGCCGCUUGCCGAAGACUCAUUUCCCCGGCUCAGCAGGGAAAGGUGAUGCCUGAUGAAGAGGGGCUGUGUUGAAGCAUGCUUGGCCCCAAGAGGGAAGGUGGCCUGGAGAAGCUCUCCCAACCCUGGUGAUAGCCCUGAGGAAAGACCUGGGCUUAGGAAUCAGGCCACCUGGGCCUGCCUCACACCUGCAGGUUCCUAGGAGGCGAGUACGGACGGUAUGCAAAGUUGUGAAUCCAGUGGCGACAGUGCGGAUGACCCUCUUAGUCGUGGCCUGCGGAGAAGGGGACAGCCUCGUGUAGUGGUGAUUGGUGCCGGUUUGGCUGGCCUGGCUGCAGCCAAAGCACUUCUUGAACAGGGCUUCACGGAUGUCACUGUCCUUGAGGCUUCUAGCCGCAUAGGAGGCCGAGUGCAGAGCGUGAAACUUGGACACGCUACCUUUGAGCUGGGAGCCACCUGGAUACAUGGCUCCCACGGGAAUCCUGUCUAUCAUCUAGCAGAAGCCAACGGCCUCCUAGAAGAGACAACCGAUGGGGAACGCAGCGUGGGCCGCAUCAGCCUCUAUUCCAAGAAUGGCGUGGCCUGCUACCUUACCAACCAUGGCCACAGGAUCCCCAAGGACGUGGUUGAGGAAUUCAGCGAUUUAUACAACGAGGUCUAUAACUUGACCCAGGAGUUCUUCCAGCAUGAUAAACCUGUCAAUGCUGAAAGUCGAAACAGUGUGGGGGUGUUCACCCGGGAGGAGGUGCGCAACCGCAUCAGGGAUGACCCUGACGACCCGGAGGCCACCAAGCGCCUGAAGCUCGCCAUGAUCCAGCAGUACCUGAAGGUGGAGAGCUGUGAGAGCAGCUCACACAGCAUCGACGAGGUGUCCCUGAGUGCCUUUGGGGAGUGGACCGAGAUCCCCGGGGCCCACCACGUCAUCCCUUCUGGCUUCAUGCAGGUUGUGGAGCUGCUGGCCCAGGGCAUCCCUGCCCAUGUCAUCCAGCUGGGGAAGCCCGUCCGCUGUGUUCACUGGGACCAGGCCUGGGCCUGCGCCCGCGGCCCCGAGAUUGAGCCCCGGGGUGAGGGUGACCACAACCACGACACUGGGGAGGGCAGCCAGGGAGGAGAGGAACCCCAAGGGCGCAGGCAGGACGAGGACGAGCAGUGGCCGGUGGUGGUGGAGUGUGAGGACUGCGAGAUGAUCCCGGCAGACCAUGUGAUCGUGACCGUGUCACUGGGCGUGCUUAAGAGGCAGUACACCAGCUUCUUCCGGCCAGGCCUGCCCGUGGAGAAGGUGGCUGCCAUCCACCGCCUGGGCAUUGGUACCACUGACAAGAUCUUUCUUGAAUUCGAGGAGCCCUUCUGGGGUCCCGAGUGCAAUAGCCUACAGUUUGUGUGGGAGGACGAGGCAGAGAGCAGCACCCUCACCUACCCGCCAGAGCUCUGGUACCGCAAGAUCUGUGGCUUCGAUGUCCUCUACCCCCCCGAGCGCUAUGGCCACGUGCUGAGCGGCUGGAUCUGUGGGGAGGAGGCCCUCGUCAUGGAAAGGUGCGAUGACGAGGCGGUGGCCGAGAUCUGCACGGAGAUGCUGCGUCAGUUCACAGGGAACCCAAACAUUCCAAAACCUCGGCGAAUUCUGCGCUCGGCCUGGGGCAGCAACCCCUACUUCCGAGGCUCCUAUUCAUAUACACAGGUGGGCUCGAGUGGGGCAGAUGUGGAGAAGCUGGCCAAGCCCCUGCCCUAUACAGAAAUCUCUAAGACAGCGCAUGGAAGCUCCACAAAGCAGCAGCCUGGUCACCUUUUAUCUUCCAAGUGCCCAGAACAGUCCCUGGAUCCUAACAGGGGCUUCAUAAAGCCCAUGCAGGUGCUGUUCUCUGGUGAGGCUACCCAUCGCAAGUACUACUCCACCACUCAUGGUGCUCUGCUCUCUGGCCAGCGCGAAGCCGCCCGUCUCAUUGAGAUGUAUCAAGACCUCUUCCAGCAGGGGACCUGAGGGCUAUCCUCACUGCCGAGCGUGUUCCUUAAAGAACCACUAACUCGUGACCUCUAGCCCCAUCCCUUGCUGCUGUGUGCCCCUAACUUCCUGAUCCUCUGUAGGAUGGAUUUUUACCUUCUGUGGAGUAGAGCUGGAUGCCCUCACUGGCUCCAGACCCAGCCCUGUAGCUUUUCCUUUUCUCAGAGUUGGGUGGUAACCAGGUUGGGUCCCGUUGAUUUACCUCUGUUCUCGGCUCGCUGCCCUCCCCCUGCCCUCCUCUCCAGCCUUGUUAUUGUAAGUGCCUUCAAUACUUUGCAUUUUGGGAUAAUAAAGAGGCCACCUUUCCCUGCCCCUCCUA